AUCUUGCCGGUGCAGCAAAGUGUCUGCGAUAAUACCGGUAUGUUAGAAUAAUUCAACGACAUAAUCACGGAAACAGUAGGGAAAACGUCAAGAUCCGAUUUAUUUAAAAUAGAAUAAUAAUAUCUCCGUUUUUAUUGCAGCCAGCUUUAUGAAUGUCCAAGCCGCGUGUCUGUGUCAGCCGCUCCCAGCAGAGGUAGAGGCGUGAUUAACAGUUACAGUAUAGCGGCUUGCAAACGCGAUCAAUCAGGAUGUUCACUCCUCAUCAGCAACAGCAUCUCCGGCAGCUCCAGCAAUUGUUCCAGCAGCACCCGCCGCCUCCACAGGUGGCGCCGUCGCAUCACGUCCCACAUCAGUACCAGGGAGGCCGGACCAGCAGGCCGCUGGCUGUCCCAGUGCUUCCACCACCGCCCCCGGCCCAAGUGGUCGGCCUGGGCCGUACCACCCCAGCUGCCAUCAUCGCCCCAAAUCCCAUGCUACAGGGAGCUUUGCUGAUGCAGCAGGUCCAAGGUAAUAUACGGGGGUUUGCGAUGGGAGGACACCAAUUCCCACAAUUCUUCCCGGUGGGGGUGAGACCCUCCCUCCUUGGCCCAGUUCCACUGGCUGUCACCAACAAGACCCCCCUGGCGGGAUUCCCUGCCCGUACCGUGCACCCCCAAACUCGCUACCGCAGCAAUGACUUUGUGGCACGGCAGCUGGAGAGGAUGCGUGAGAGUGAGCAGCCAGCGGCGCGGGUAGCUGGCACAGACGGGGGCACUGUGGACAGGACCGUCUGCAGAGAGGAGGUGGUGGCAAUACCGGGAGCACAGACACAGCCCUCGCCACGGCAACAGGAAGAGCCUCCCACGAAGAAGCAGAGGAGCGAAAGGCCUGAGGUGCAGGCAGAGCAGCCCCCACGGCCCGGAGCCGACCCAGGAACGGGGUGCAAGAGCCCUGGGGAGGUCAGCGAUCCCAGAGGUGGAGCAGUCCAGGUUGAGGGAGGAAGCACAGCUGGACCAGAGGCCGCGGAGGAGAGCAAAGCGGCAGGAGUGAGUGCAGCAUGUCGGGAAGCGGGAAGAGUCAGGCUGGAGCCAAAAUCCACGACCGCGACGUUAUUCGUGCUUAGCGGAGCAGCAUCCCGUGACGCUGCCUUACAGCCGGAUAACGGGAGCUGUGCGUUCGCCGUAGGGCCGGAGGCGCCCCCGGAGGCCAGAGAGGGCACGGCACCCCUCGCGGAAGCCCCAGAUGAGAAUGGGAAGACGGGUGGAGACGCCUCCAGGAGGUUCUUCUGUUAUAUCUGCAGCAUCGCCUGCUUCACCCAGCAGAGCUUCCAGAGUCACAUGACCGGCCUGGUCCACCAGCGGCGCAUGAUGGAAAUCCAGCAUGCGAGCAGCGCCUGCCUGGUGACUCUGCUGCCCCACGUCCAGGAGUCGCUGCUGGGGAUGUGUGGAGAAGGGGAGGAAAAACCAGGCUUGAAGAAAUGGCACUCCACGUGCCAGGCCCACCUCGCUAGCAACCUUGCCAGUCGCUUUGCCUGCCUCUCCUGCACCGUCUGCAGACUGCGUUUCCAAACUCCUUACAGGUUUAUGAAGCACAUGGAGUCACUGGACCACCAGCAGAGGAUGCUGGCGCUGCAUGAGGAGGGCGGAGCCACCAGCUUGGCUGAUGGUGCAGAGGGAUCGGUACAGGAAGACUAUGAGGAAGAGGCUAGUGAAGAUGAGGAGGAGGAUGAAGGCAGCUUCCACAGCCAGGAAGGAAUCAAUUCUGAAAAAGAGGUUACCCUAGAAGAUAUGGGUGACAAUGAAGAAUAUGACCAAGACACACAGUAUGGCCCCAGCUUCAUGGUGCCGGUAUCGGGCUUCCUCUGCCGCCUGUGUCACAAGUUUUACGACUUUAACUCCACGGUCUGGUCGUCCCACUGCAAGUCUCAAAGACACUUCAAGAACGUGCAGAAAUACAGAACCCUGAGGAAGCAGAUCUCAUGCAGUAGCACAGCAAACGACCAACAACCAGCACCUGGGCGACCGAGAAGCAGCCAAUAGCACAAAGGGUAGUGUGAAUUGAGACCUGGAUGGGGGUGACGACGCCAGCAUGUGCUCUGAUAGGCUGCUCUCUGGCCACACCCACCCCUGCUCCCGACUGAUGAGCUCAAAUGACUUGGAGGUGAGGGCUGCAGGGACACUCUGCAGCUGUUAGUUCCAUGGCUGCAAGCAGGCUCUUACAGGAGGGUGAUGGACCCCUUCUGCUGCCUCCCACAUAUCAGAGUUGGAAGCUGGAGAGAGGGUGUGCUCCUCAAGGUGGGAACUGUAACAGGUAGCCCCCCAGGAGCAAAGAAUGCUGGUCAAUGCAGUGAAAGGCCAGACCGGAAGCAUACUGCAUGUAGCAAGAACGAACUUAGUAGGUAAUUGAGUUGUGUUUCUGUGAUGCUAAAAGAACAUUUUAGAGUGUAGCUGUACGGAACCCAAGAGAACCCUUUAAGAAUUACUGACCCACAGGCUGGGUGGAGCUUUAGGCAGGACACAUCGAGCCGUGGCCUCUUGUAUGACAUAAAUUCAGCUGAUUUAAUUCAUCAGUCACAUUGGCGUGUAGCUGUUGCAUAUUUUUUGUGGUGAUGGGUAUAAUUGUGUUUCUGUACCAUAGCUGUAGACUGUGGAGCCCCUGAACUCUGAGCUAAACAAAAAAUAUCUGCACUGAUCUCCAUGACUCUGUAUGGUUACCAAGGCACUAUUUCAGAUUACUUAGGGUGGAGUUGAAAACAUUGAUCUAGAUGCACUUACGGAUUCUGAUUCGCUAUGGUUGCCUGGAGUAACAUGCCAGUCUAGACCAUCUGCUGUGCUGAGGUCAUCAUUUAAUGCAUGGAUGACGGAGGACUUGUCAGAAUUUGAUGGGCGGCUGAAAAUUUGCAAAAAAAAAAAAGCUGCAAUGGUCACACAUCAAGCUUGCUGUAUGAAAUCUACAACCCCGGUGUUGCUUUGUGAUUUUUAAAACCCAUUUCAGGAACUUGAGGUACUCAGAAUUGUCAAAAAAAUGAAUACAUCUUUAGACAUGUUCCGCAAACAACAAGGAUAUAUACCAGUAUUCAAAUAAUUUACCGGUGAUCAUGAAUACACAACGUGGGAUAACAAAUAUACUUUACCAGGACAUCAAGUACAUUCCUCAGUGACAGAAUCUGCUUUUUUCCAAGAUGGUUCCAAGUGCAUUGGCACCAGCACCAAGAACUAUACAUUCAACCAUUAAUCCAGGUAACCUCUAACAGCAAUAUCGAAGUAGAAAACAACCUUUUUCAAAAUUAGUCUUGAUCAUUCUGAGCUACCCCUGUCCUGACCGGACGAUAUCCUAGUUAUCCUUUAGUUUUGAACCUUUCAAUUUUGUUGUACCUAAUAUACACACCAGAGGUCAUUAUGGCUCGCAGAAUGGAUCUGUUUGUAGCACAGCUAUAACCACACAGCCAAGGACAGGAAUGUGCCGUUGGGUUGUCAUUUAAAUCCACUGAAGCUUAAGAGUAUGAUCCAGUAUGGUAAUGAGACCGAGUCCAAAUAGGGCAUCGUUACUCACUAAAGAUGGAAAAGGAAAGUGGACCUACUGGGACCCACAGGAACUUCUUUCCUUGGGUAGCAGUAAAGCUUAACAGCUUUGUUAUACGACAGAAUGUUUAACUGACCAAUCAGGCUGCGUGCAGAGCUCCCAUAGUGAAGUACGUAAUGAUUCCAGGGUAAAUCUGCCUUAAGCUCUAAUCACACUUCACUAGAUUUAGUGAGGCCAUCUGGAUAGGUGCUAAUGACACAUUAAUACAGAAAGAAAAACACUGGAUACACGUCAGAUUUCUGUGCCCCAAAGGGGCCAUAUGCUUGACUACAAGAAUUAAUAUAAUUCUGCACGGUUUUCGUAUAAUGUAUUUUUAUGCUCAAAAUGAUUGUAAAAGAAGGUGUGUGUUUAGAAUUCCUUUUUUAAAUCACAGGACAUUCAUCACACUUCCUGUCUGUGUCAUUAAUUUGCAUAAAAAUAUCUGAACAAGC